CACGCCGAAGCUGCGCCGACGGGAAAAGCAGGUAAUCCAAGACUCCUACGCAUGUCGCCGACGGCAGACGAUGCCCUCGACGGUGGCGACGAGAAAUCAAUCUUCCGGUGCCUCGACGCGGCGCGCUACGUGGUGGCCGCGGCGGUGACCGUGCUCAUCGUGACGGUCAUCGUGUACGCCAUCACCGUGGUGCUCCGCCCAGCGGAGCUCUAUCUCGGGGUCGUCGGAGGCUCCGUCUCCGUCUCCGUCUCGGUUGUGGGAGGCUCCGUCUCCGUCUCCGUCUCGGUUGUGGGAGGCGACAAGCCUUUCAGAGCCGUGGUCAACGGCGACAACCUCACCUUCUCGCUGACCGUCCGGGCCAUCAACCCCAGCGGCCGCGUCACCAUCUACUACACCGGCAUCGUCGCCAAGCUCAAGAGCAACAUGUCGUCGGACUCUUUCCUCACCCUGAAUUUGCCCCGCGUGGCCUUGGGGCCGCAGUCGAGUGUGGACAUCACCGUUGCGAUUAGUACGUUCAUGAUUGUUCCUGAGCAAGGGUACUAUUUCAAGCUGUUGGCCAACGGCAGCAGCCUCGACGACGCCAUGAUUGUGCUCACCGGCACCCGCACCGUCGAGAUUUACUCCAGCAAGUACAAGCCCAAGGAGACUGUCGUCUACUACUGCUCGCCCAUCGCCAUCGGCGACGGUGAGGACAAGGACGGCGACAGUACGGCUGCAGUCGACGUGCGGUGCACCGAUCAGAAUCAGCCGGCCAGCAUCUAGCUAGGCGACGUGAAAGGUCGACGGGUGCGCGCGUGUGUGUCCAAUGAUUGUUAAUACUUCCCGUUUGUUUUCUUGAUUCGCCUAAUUGACUGUA